GAAAUGGCGGCGGCAGUGCGCGUGACGGCGGCCCGAGCCAGGCUCCGCGUUGUAGUGAGAAGUCUCCACGCCGGGGUGCGCAGUCUGUGCACCCAGCCUGUCUCAGUUAACGAGCGCAUCGAGAACAAGCGUCAGGCCGCACUGCUGGGAGGAGGCCAGCGCCGCAUUGAUUCGCAGCAUAAGCGAGGAAAGCUAACGGCCAGAGAACGGAUCAGUCUCUUGCUGGACCCCGGCAGUUUUAUUGAGAGUGACAUGUUUGUGGAACACAGAUGUGCAGAUUUUGGAAUGGCUGCUGACAAGAAUAAGUUUCCUGGAGACAGCGUUGUCACUGGACGGGGCCGAAUCAAUGGAAGAUUGGUUUAUGUCUUCAGUCAGGAUUUUACCGUUUUUGGAGGCAGUCUGUCUGGAGCCCAUGCCCAAAAGAUCUGCAAGAUCAUGGACCAAGCCAUGACAGUUGGGGCUCCGGUGAUUGGACUGAAUGACUCAGGGGGAGCCAGGAUCCAAGAAGGAGUAGAGUCUUUGGCUGGCUAUGCAGACAUCUUUCUGAGGAAUGUCUCGGCAUCUGGAGUCAUCCCUCAGAUUUCUCUGAUCAUGGGCCCGUGUGCUGGUGGGGCUGUCUACUCCCCGGCCCUGACAGACUUCACAUUCAUGGUAAAGGACACCUCCUACUUAUUCAUCACUGGUCCUGAUGUUGUGAAGUCUGUCACCAACGAGGACGUGACCCAGGAGGAGCUCGGGGGUGCCAGGACCCACACCACCAUGUCAGGCGUGGCCCACAGAGCUUUUGACAAUGAUGUCGAUGCCCUAUGUAAUCUCCGGGAGUUCUUCAACUACCUGCCUCUCAGCAAUCAGGACCCGGCUCCCAUCCGUGAGUGCCAUGAUCCCAGUGACCGUCUGGUUCCUGAGCUUGACACAGUUGUCCCUUUGGAAUCGACUAGAGCCUAUGACAUGGUGGACAUAAUAUACUCUAUUGUUGACGAGCGAGACUUUUUUGAGAUCAUGCCCAAUUAUGCCAAGAACAUCAUUGUUGGUUUUGCAAGAAUGAAUGGGAGGACUGUUGGAAUUGUUGGCAACCAGCCUAAGGUGGCUUCAGGAUGCUUGGAUAUUAAUUCAUCUGUGAAAGGGGCUCGUUUUGUCCGAUUCUGUGAUGCAUUUAACAUUCCACUCAUCACUUUCGUUGAUGUCCCUGGCUUUCUGCCUGGCACAGCGCAGGAAUACGGGGGCAUCAUCCGGCAUGGCGCCAAGCUGCUCUAUGCGUUCGCCGAGGCAACUGUGCCCAAAAUCACAGUCAUCACCAGGAAGGCCUAUGGUGGAGCCUAUGAUGUCAUGAGCUCCAAGCACCUUUGUGGUGACACCAACUACGCCUGGCCCACAGCAGAGAUUGCCGUCAUGGGAGCAAAGGGUGCCGUGGAGAUCAUCUUCAAAGGGCACGAGAAUGUGGAGGCCGCGCAGGCAGAGUACAUUGAGAAGUUUGCCAACCCUUUUCCUGCAGCUGUGAGAGGGUUUGUGGAUGACAUCAUCCAGCCUUCCUCUACCCGGGCCCGAAUCUGCUGUGACCUGGAUGUCUUGGCCAGCAAGAAGGUACAGCGCCCUUGGAGGAAACAUGCAAAUAUUCCCUUGUAAAUGAAUCAAGAGAAGAUAAACCAGGAGCUGAUUAUUGCCGAGCCAGUUGCACCUGUCCAUAUGCCUUGUGCAGUCAUGAAACCUGGGAAUCUAAGUUUUAAUAAUAACUUGAAAUGGCCAAGUUUAAUAAGUUCUAGAAGGAUUUCAUUUGUGCCUUAAUGUAAAAUUAUUUGCUUUAUUAAAAACCCAAACUCAAAUGAU